CGCACUCUCGCGGCAGGCUCAUAGAGAGGGAAAAAAAAAUGAGCAGCGGCAGCAACACAAGCAGUAGUAGUAGUACGAGACCCGUACCUAGGAGAGAAAGUCCAUGGGGAACGCCGGAGGGACGAGAACCAAAGGCCCACAGAUGCAACGAUCGAGCUGAAGAUGUCAUCCAGGCUUGCUUUGAGGGCAACCCAUUCAAGACCGUACCUGGGCCUUUCAAGUUGUUCUAUCAAUGUAUGCGUUCCAAACCCGGGGAAGAACCAAUUGAACCAUUCUACUAUUUGGAGUACGAUCCACCAACAAGGGAAGUCAAACUUGAAUAAUACCACAUUCCAAAGUUCUAUAACUGGAUCCUAGCUUUUCAAUUUUUAUAAGAGGGGAUGUUUUUCUUCUUCUUCUUCUUCGGUUUAUUAUUAUGAUUUGGACCUUGAAUUGUCAAUAAAGAAUGUGUCUCCCCUAACUCCUGAUCUAAUUACAUCUCUGGAAUCAUCUAGACAACAACUACAUGAAUUCAAUCUGUUUUUUGCAUCAU